UGGUGAUGAAUGACCACUACAAGGGGAACUCUUUUUUAAAUUACAAAGUCCAAAAGUCACCUAACAGAGGUAAGAACCAAGUAAAAGCAUCAUGUAAUGUGGGCAGUUGGACAACAGAAAUGGAUAGUCAGCCAUCCGGUUCUGCUGCAGAUGUUGUAGAUGUUAAUGAGUCUGGAAGUAGCAAGUUAGGUGGAUCCGAGCCUGAGGGUGUUGUUCUCUGCUUGCAGGAUCGAUUAAAGUGGCUCGAUCAGCAGGUCAUCAGAAAGGUUGUAUAAUUUCCAAAAGCCUAU